GCUCCUACCGGAAGUCGUCUCGUUCUUUCUGCUCCCCGGCUGCCAUCAUGGUGUUCAAGCGCUUUGUCGAGAUUGGCCGUGUCGCCUACAUCUCUUUUGGACCUUAUGCCGGCAAGCUCGUGGCCAUUGUUGACGUUAUCGACCAAAAUAGGGCUCUUGUUGACGGUCCCUGCACAGGUGUGAAGAGGCAAGCUAUGCCCUUCAAGGUCAUGCAGCUCACAAACUAUGUCAUCAAAGUUCCUCACAGUGCCCGCCAGAAGUUUGUGAGGAGAGCCUGGGAGAAGGCCCAAGUCAACGAGAAGUGGGAACAGAGCAGCUGGGCCAAGAAGAUCGAGGCAAGACAGAAGAGGGCCAAAAUGUCUGACUUUGACCGCUAUAAGGUGAUGAAGGCCAAAAGGAUGAGGAACAAGAUCAUCAGGCACGAGGUGAAGAAGCUGCAGAAGGAGGCGGUAAAGAAAGUGGCAGCAAAGAAGUGAAAAGUUUUUCAAAAUAAAGUUUCAAAUUGAUUCUUCAA